AUGGAUAAAGAAAGUAAAGUUAUAAUAUUACCAAAGACCAAUUCUAGUAGUGAAUUCAAGAUUAUCAAUCUUCCAAAUCCAACCAAUUUGACAACAACAAAAUCAUAUCUAUUGCACCAUAAUGAAGACAGUAAUAAUCAAUUGUACGAAUUGAAUAUUAUUGGUGGUGAAGAUGACAACGACGGCAACGACGAUGAGAAAACUGAUAAUGGCAAUGCUGGCACAAAAAAUAAAGGUCAAAAACCUAAAUCAAAAUUAAAAUCAGAAAAUUCCAUAAAAUCAUUAAUUUUUGAACCAGGUUAUGUUUUGCAAUCACCGAAAAUUAUCAUAUCGAAUAAAUUCAAUCUCAGUUAUUUAUUGAUUUCAUUAUUUCUGAAUAUAAAUCAACAAAAGUCUCAACAGCAGUCACAACAAUCAUCAUUAUCUUCAGAGAACUUAUUUAAUGAUAAUUUUAAAAGUUUGGAAGAUUUGAAAGAUCAAUUGUUAAAUGAAUACAGGGAAGAUACAAAUAAUAAUGAUUGGGUAUUAGAAAUUCCUGAUCAAUUAUAUCAUCAAAGUUUGAUAAAUCUAUGUGAUGUAAUAACUGAAAAUAUUGAUGAAUCAUUUUAUCGAUUCGAUUUAAGCAAAAUUUUACAUUGGUUGAAUGAGAAAGUCUUAGCAUUGCAAAAAUAUAUCCUUACGAAUGAUAAUAGCAUAUUAACAAAAUUGAAAUUGGAAUUAAAUCCAUCAAUGUCAAACAACAAUAUAGAAGACCAAUUAUUGAAUGAUCUAGGUUUGUUAUAUUCCAUUGAUUACAUUUUCAAUAGUUAUUUGGAUGAUGGUGUCAACAGUUUCUUGAGACAAAAAUUGUUGGAAGAAUUUAAAUAUGAUUUUACUCGAGUUUUGAAACAUAUUGAUGAUUUGAAGAUUCAACAGAGUUUAAUUGAAAAUGUUUUAGAAAGUAAUUUGAAAUCUACCACAAAUAAUACUAAAUCUUCCAGUACCAAAAAGAAACCUGCAACUGGUACAACUAAUAAAAAGGUCAAACGUGGAGCCAUUGAUAGCUUUUUCAAAAAAGCUAAAUAA